AAGAAUUAUGGGAAUAAUGCAAGGGCAAGACAGCUCAUUUCGUUCUUGACAAAAGAAUAAAAGCCAUUUUAAGUAUAACCACUAGUAAAAGGCAAACACCAGUCGAUACACAUGACUAAUAAUAAGCUCCACCGUUCAGCAGGCGAUGAAAUUCUGAGUCUCGUCCGUGUGCUUGUCUGAUUAGCUUUCGUUCUCUCAGUAGAAAAAUUUGUAGAAAACUUCACACACAUAAAAAUAACAAAAAAAAAUGAACAUAGUUUUGUAAAAUAAAACAAAAGCGAGACACUGCGGGCGCGUAUAUUUUGAGUGUUCAGUUUUUCUAAAACAGUGUUUUUGUGUAAUUCUUUGAAAUUUGCAAGAGUACGAAAACGCAUCGCCAAGGGGACAAACAAAAGACAAUAACAAAUUCGCAGCGCGUGUGUCCGUGUGUGUGUGCGAGCGUGGUGUGUGUGAGGGAAGGUGCCAAAAGAACGCGCUGAUAAACAAAUAUUCAAUUGGAUCAUUGGCUCUGUGGUGUUAUUCAGGGCAUCUAGGGCAGCAGCGGAACUGAGGCGCAGCGGAGCCGCCCAAUUGCAGCCGUAGAAAGCGUUGGUGCGGGCACCAUGGACUCGCUCAAGUUACCAAAGGGCAACAGUGCCACCAGCAGUGCCAGCGGCAGCAACAGCAACCUGUCCGGCUCGACAUCUGCUUCCGCAUCUGCAGCCACAUCGCCCACAUCGUCGGGAAAUAAUGCGGCUGGCGGCAUCCUCACAGGUGCCCCAAAAUCUCCGCCUGGCCUGAGCAGCAGUACCCCGAUCACAGUCCGAUUUAACGCCAACGAGGAGUCCCUGGACGACAUCCUGCAGUCCUUCCAUCACAGCAAGCACAGUCCCAGUGGAGGAGCGAGUGGCGGGAACGGGGGCGAUGCCUCGCCCACCUCGAACCUUCUCGGGAUGAAGAACAACGGCCUGGGACUCAACACCGGCUUGGUUGUGGGUGCCUGCGACUCCCUCUCCAGCAGUCCCUCGCAGCCACAGAUGCAGGGCGGAUCCGCGUCCCUCUUCGGCAACGACGAAGUAACUUUGCGCAAUAAUUUCCUGCAAGGUGGUGGCUUCUUUAAUCGAAAAAGUUGCGGCGGCCUGCCGAAUCUCAAUCUCAACAAGCCGCCCCAGCUCCACCAGCAGCAGCAGCAGCUUCAGCAGCAGCAGCAGCUGCAGCAACAUCAGCAACUGCAACAGCAACACCAGCAGCAACUGUCGCCGAAUCUGAGUGUCCUGCACCAUCAUCACCAUCAGCAGCAUCAGCACCGGGAAGGCGGAGGAUCGCAUAGCCCCUCGUCGCCGGGCGGAGGCGGUGGAGGAGGAGGCGGGGGAUCGCCGUACAACGGCUCCCAGGCGGGCUGCAGCAGCGGCGGAAUCUCGCCCAUUCCCCCCCAGAUGUCGGGUGUUUCGCCCAAGUACCGUCGCAGCAUAUCCUUCCCCAUCAAGGGCAAUUCGCCAACGGCCCUUUAUGGCAAUCCGCACAUGGAUGGCCUGGGCAGUGGUGGGCACAUGAACAUACCCACUCUGUCGAUUGGAAACGGUGCUGGCGGUGGCGGGUCUGGUGGCAUGAUAUCGGCCGGAGCGAGCGGCGGCGGAGAUGCUCCCUAUAUGGGCAACAACUAUGGCAACAUGAUGUCGGCCAACGGGCAGAUGCACCACGGCGGCAUGGACAACUCGCUGAGCGAUUACAUGCGCGGCAUGUCGCUGGGCGGUGGAAAUGGAGGCGGUGGCAAUGGAGGUGGCGACGGCGGCAACAGCAUGGCCCUGAUGCAGGACAGGAUGCGCGUGAUGGGCGGGCCCAAGCAUCUGAGCGAAGCGGAUGCCAUGGCUAUUGCGGCCAGCGGCAACGAUCCGUCUGUCUACCUGAACGCCCUCAAGAUGGGCUCGCCAUCGCGUCUGUCACCCCACUCGCCGCACUCUCCCAUCCAGGGAGGCAAUGGAGGCAAUGUGGGCGACGGCACGGCCCGCUUCUCCCGGAAGGUAUUCGUUGGCGGCCUGCCACCGGACAUCGAUGAGGACGAGAUCACCACCUCGUUCCGCCGCUUUGGGCCUCUGGUCGUCGAUUGGCCACACAAGGCCGAGUCCAAGUCGUACUUUCCGCCCAAGGGCUAUGCCUUUCUGCUGUUUCAGGACGAGAGCAGUGUGCAGCAGCUGAUCGACUCGUGCAUCACGGAUGAGGACAAGCUAUAUCUGUGCGUCUCGUCGCCGACGAUCAAGGACAAGGCGGUGCAGAUUCGUCCGUGGCGCUUGGCCGAUGCGGACUAUGUGCUGGACGCCACCAUGUCGCUGGAUCCGCGCAAGACGGUCUUCGUGGGCGGAGUGCCACGGCCGCUGAAGGCAUUCGAGUUGGCCAUGAUCAUGGACAGGCUGUACGGCGGAGUCUGCUAUGCUGGGAUUGACACCGAUCCGGAGCUGAAGUAUCCCAAGGGCGCUGGCCGCGUUGCCUUCUCCAAUCAGCAGAGCUACAUAGCGGCCAUCUCGGCCAGGUUUGUGCAGCUGCAGCAUGGCGACAUCGACAAGCGGGUGGAGGUUAAGCCCUACGUGCUGGACGAUCAGAUGUGCGACGAGUGCGAGGGUCAGCGCUGUGGCGGCAAAUUCGCCCCCUUCUUCUGCGCCAACGUCACCUGUUUGCAGUACUACUGCGAGCACUGCUGGGCCGUCAUCCAUUCGCGGCCGGGACGCGAAUACCACAAGCCGCUGGUCAAGGAGGGCGCCGACCGGCCGCGUGCGGUGCCCUUUCGCUGGUGUUAACGGCGGCGCUGGUAGGCCGCGCUGCACGACGAGAGACGCCAACAGAGGGAGCAACGACACCGGUUGUUAAACGCAGCGCUGGCAGUGCCCAGAAUCAUCACGGAAGCAUCGGAAUCGGGAGUAGGAACAGGAGCAGGAUCAGGAGCAGCAACCGCUGCAGGAGUAGUUGCAGCCGCCGGCGCAGAGGCAGAUCGACGGCGGAGAGUCUAGUAAUCUAUCGUUAGAGAGAAGACGACAUGAACACCAAACCAAACCACAUCACGCGGAUAACACACCACGGAUACACUCACAAACAAAAGACAGUUGCCCCAGGGGAAGGGGAAUAGGAAUGGCCAAGCCCAGAGGGCCCGGUGCAAUGCAUCGGGGGCUGGAUGAAGGUGGUGUCCCUGAAACAGCCGCCAGAGUCUACAGUCUACAGAGGCGAGAGACGUGAAACGAAAGCCCUCAGAAAGCAACAUAGUUUUAGACGUUAUUUAUUCGGCAAUCAGUUUUUGAUUUGCUUCUCCUAGGCCCUUAUUUGUUUAACCAAAAUCUUAGUUUUGUUUUCAUUCUAUGCCUGCACAGUAUUUUUUGUACUUUAUUUUUUAUAGCAAUUUUUUUUUGUUGUUGUACGUUCGUUAAGGGGAAUCCCGAAGAUGCCAUUUAAUCUCACAAAGACCACCAAAAAAAAAAAGAAAAAAGCAGGAAUAUUUACUUCCUCCGUAGUCAGCCAAAAUCCUCGCAAAAGGCUUAUGUAAUUUUUCGCCUAGAUGAUAUAAAACAAUGUUUUGACCUAGUUAACUUAGGAGCCAUGUUGUAUGCCAAUCGAGGCUAGUCCAAAAUUAUAAGUGAGCUGCUCUCCCUCUCUCGGAAGGUUUUUUGCUCGAGUUGGUAGGGGCUGUCCUUAAGUUCCUAAAUAGUGGCAAAAUCAAAAAUCGGCUUUUGCAUUAACCCUAUUCACUAAUUAGAUCAAUCUAUAAAAUUCUUACGAAAGACUUGCAAAAGACAAUAUGCAGAAUGUCACACAAUUUUAUGCGUGCUGUUUCUUACGCCACAAUUGGUGUCUCACUUAGAAAUCAGUUAACCAUAUCAUAUCUAUAUACAAAAAGCACUAUUGAUAAUCCCUAAUUUUUUUUUCCUAUAACACUUGCUAUACUAUUAUAAAGGACAAUCGAAUAUAUUCUUUGCCAAAUGUAUUCGAUUGAUUCCUUGUUUUCCCUUCUAUUUUAACACAUUGAUAUUCCUUGCUAUUUUAAAACGUUUAUAUUACUUGAUAUUUCAACACAUGAUUAUGGCAUGUGAAAAUCGUACAAAGCUAAUACAGAACCCUAAACCAAACACUGGAUAAACUUAUAAACCAUAUUUGCCAACAGGCGACUUUUACAACGAUUUUCACAUGCCUCGGCUUGUGUAUUGCUUACGAAUGGUAACCAGUUAAAGCGAUAAAUCACCCUAAUUAGUUAGUUUAAAGCCCACACACACUCUGCGAAAGGUUUUCCUUUCCUAAUAUCGACGGCUCAUUUUUAAUUUUAAUCUAGUCGACUCUCACACAAACACGUACGUACACAUUACACAAGACAUUUACACUGAAAGUUGGUUUGCAUUUUGCCAUUUGGCAUCACAUAAAAUAAUAAAAAAAAUAUAUGUUAAUAAUUAAAAACUAGAGAAAGUCAAUUCGCUUGUGUUCAGUAUUAUGAUUUUGUUUAUGUAUUAUGUAUUUUUCACUGCAAACGUGUUAUUUUGCCUUAUUUAUUUAUUAAUUGCUUUUCGUUUUUUAAUUUAUGGCAUGUUGCUAGCUAAGGGACAGAGGGCUUUUCUCCCGAAUAUAUAGAAGAACGUAUAUAUUAAUGCAAAUAUAUAUAUGUAAUAUAACAGAAAAAUUUUAUAUAUGACAUACAUCUAUAACACUUCGAAUACUUGUAUUAGACAACUUUUUAUAUAGAAACUUUUUGUAUAAACUUUUUUUAUUACUCUUAUGAUUAUUCAGAAGUUAGUUUAGUCCAAAUAACUGAAGACAAAAAUAAAAAAAACCAAAAACGCGAAGAUAAAUAGAAAUGCUAAAACAUCUAAAGGAAAUUUAAAUAUAUACAACUUAUGUGCAAUACUAUUUCGUAAACGAUUCAAUACCAAAUAUAUAAACAAGUAUAAAAAAUAUGUAUCUGUACAAACAUAAAGUAUACAAGAUAAUUGCAAUCGUAUAACCAAAGUAGUCAAAUAUUUCCGAUCCCGAAUGAUCACCCAACUUUUAACUAAUUGGCAUGCAUUUUUUGACAUGCGAACGCGGCUUGAAGUUUGCGUUUGGUUCUCUCCCUGAAUCCUAAAAAAUCAAAUUGAAUAUCUAGACUUCGGGCAAUACUUAUGGAAAAUUAUCAAAAAGAAAAGCGAGCAAAAUUAUUUUGUAAAUUAUACGAUUUAAGGGACGUGACAAAAUUUGCUAAGGUGCAUGCAAACAAUACGAUAUUUUUUCUAUACUACCAACAAAAGUACUAAAGAUCUAAUUCAAAUUGAUAAUCCAAAAACGUGAAAGGCCAAGUUGCUUUGGACUUCUAUGAUAUAUUAUUAAACGAUAGUCAAAUCUAUUAGCAAAUUUUUGCUCGCGCUUUCUUUACAAGACAACCAAAAAAGCAAAACGAAAUUCAAGUCAUGCAAAGUUGUAACUCAAGUUGAUCGCGUGGCACUUUCAAAGAAUAAAAAACAAGUUUAUAGCAAUUUUUCUAGAAUUUUUAUAUUACAAUGAACUAAAGAAAAUAUGUAUCAUAAAUAUACUACAGAUAUAUUUUUUAAAUUGCAAAACAAAUUAAUUAGAUGACUCAAAGCGUUUGUUUGUUUUCGUUUCCAUUUUUUAUUUUUGAAUACUUACCGAAAUAAUGUGUAUUAAAAGCAAAAGAAUCUACACAAAACGAAAACCAACAAGCCCAAUUAAAUAUUAUAUCAUAUACAGCAGCCUGCUCUAUGUAGUGUUAAACAAUUUGUGCAAAUAUGUAAGCAAACGCGUUGUUCGAAAACUUUCAAAGUAAUUAAAUGCUAGUCUUUAAAAAGGCAAAAUCUGUUACAAAGCAAACACGAAACGGAAACGGUAAUCGGUAAUCGGUUAGCGGUAAACGGCAAUCGGUUAAUGGCUAUUGAUAACUGUGCGUAAUGAUGGUGUUUUUUAAUGUAGUAAAAUUUAAUAUUUUAUAGAUUUUUAUACUUUUAUAUAACAUAUACUUUAUACUUUACCUGUUUAACAAACACUUGAUAAAAUUGUUAAAAAAAAAACUUUAAAUGUGCUCUAAAAAAAGUAACUUAUCAAACAAAUAUUUUACUAUACCAAAAAGUUGAUAGAGAUGAAAACUCUUUACGGCAAACCGCUCAAUGUUUUUGCUGCUAGUGGUGUAGGAAUUUGAAAUCUUGUGUAGCGUGCUAUAUAAUAUUUAUAUCAUUAAGCAAUCCGUUUUGUUUUAUGUUUUAUUUUGUUUCCCUUACUAUUCCAAUAAGCAAAAUCAAUUAGGCAAAGACAUUUGGUUUAUCCUACUUCCGAGCGGAAAUUAUGGAUUAAAGUUGGACCGACAGUUUUAGUUUUAUAGAGAAUCUUGUUAUAGAUAAAUGUUUAUGUUGAUUUUUAUAUGGAUCCUGUUGUUAUACCGAUUAUGACAAUGAAAAUUUGUAUGCCUAGUUCUUGAAUAUAUUUUUGUAUCUUUUGUAGUUGCUAGUAGUUUCCUGGUAGUUUUAAAAAAAUCAACUCCGUUGAGACAUUUUUAUACUUUGUUUAUUCUUUUUAUACAUAUACAUAUUUUUAAUAAAAUAUGACAAAAAAAAUAUUUGAUAUAUACACUUUAUAAAAAAAAAAGAAAAUAAACGAAAAAAAAGUUUUUGAAAUUAAUAAACGGACAUAACGUAAA